UGUCGCCCGGAUCAUCAGCAAUAAACGUGUCUCGGUUGACCGGAGACUUAAACGCCGACCGAACAUUUAAAUAGCCAUACCCGUAUGAAAUUGAGUCUCUCCAGGGCAACAUGCGAGCGGCUGAAGUUUCAUUUCUUCUCCCAGUUUUAUUGCUAGUUUUUCCAAGAUCUUAUCAUGUAUGCGGCACAACCAGCAUUGCAUUCACCACAGCGAAUGUUUCACUCACCACUACUCAAGCUCCUGUAACACAAAGUAUUUCAGCAGCUUCAAAAGUGUUCCUUUCGGAGACUGCUUCAAUUUCCAAAAGCUCAACUCAAAGCCAUGUUCAGAACGCAACUGUAUUCUCAAGCCUCUCUGCUUUAAUCUUCCCAAGUUUGUCCAGUUUGUCGAUCACUGGAUCGCUGAGUACCACACGGAAAAGGAGUCCAACUCUAUCGCCACUAACUUCAUCAACGAGUAAGCGUGCAGUUGUCUCUUCGCCUGUCAGUAAGAAGAUUUCAGCGCCAAAGACUGUUACGAGCUCCGCGAUGUCUGCGUCAAUCGGUUUGAAGGAAAACAGGACCGUCACAGUUACUGGGUCACCACCAACAGGACCGGUUGAAACAAGCAACAAUGAUUGGAAAUGGGCUUUGAUUGGUGUCUGUUGUUUGGUGGUCAUUGUCACAAUUGCUGGGAUUGUAUAUUGGAGAAAUAAAAAGUCCCACGCGAAACUAUCGUCACAAGAUACAAACUCUCAAGUAGGAGUGGUUAUGAAAAGUCACCGUCUGCAGUCAGACGAGGAACAUGAAAAUGGCUCAGAGAACGAAAGUUAAUUGGAGUCUGUUUAGUUUAAUUAUCCGCUUAAAUAGGGUAAACUAAGAGGUACUCUUGUCUUAAAACCGAUUUAAUUCUCCUAAUCUGAAGCUAAAGGUGGUGAAAGGUUGGAAAGACGAUCACUGUAUAGGUAAACAAAGAAAGGAUAAAUUCAGCCUCUCCUGAACACCACUAAGAAGGUCUUAAUGAAGGGGUGGCUCUCAUGGCUAAUGAUUAAAGUUUUGGUCAAUUAAUGGUUAACAGUUAAUAUCUUUCCAUUGUGUCACCAGAAAAAGAAUUUUAUAAUUAAAUUUUUUGCGACUAACGGUGAAUGAUUUUACGCCUAACAGCUAAAUUUGUUUUGGCCGAUUUACGGCUAACGGUUAACCCCAGUGAGACUCUCCAAUAAGUUUUGGCUGCGAAUCUCACUUAAAAAGCCAUUUAGUAUUCUUCAACACGCGACUUGAACUCUUAAAAAUAUAAAGCUACUCAUGUUAUCGGUUACAUUUAUUUUGGGUGUGACGUCAUCAGAAUUGACCGUUUGUAGCGUUCUAGAGCAUACUUCAUGAUCUUUUUCAAUCUGAUAGGACGUGAUUUGAGCUAAACUAGUACAAAGUUUUAUAAUUCAUUAUAAAAUUAAAGCGAUUCUCAGAAAUCCUUAAAAAUAUAUUCAAAGAAAUUAACAAAUGCCCUCUAAAGACAACUAGACCUGAUUAAAUCCUUUUGCUGUUUUGUCUCUAAGAAAUAUGUUAAAUGAAAGCGUGUGUUUUAUUCGCUGCGGAAAGAGAGCAAUAUGACAAUUUCAAAUAAAUCAAAAGUAGCGUGAUGUACUGACAUUACAUUCUGUCAAGAA